UAAUUUCAAAAAUAGUAAAAAGUCAUCAUAAUUUGAACAUAUGCUUACAAUACUUUCUUUUUUAGCUUUUGGGCUUAAUCGAUGACGCACCUGAUUAGAUUCCGGAACUUAGUCUUGUAACUCAUUGAUUUUGCUAUGGCCCUCCGGGUUUAGGAGAGACAUUCUGGAUUGUCCUGCUCAGGGCUUGGGUAAUCAGCUGACAAAAACAAUGUGUUAGCAAAUAAUACAGACGUAUGAUAAUGAACACAUGAACAGUCACAAAUGAGAUUGGAAACGUGAAAACCCGUAGCGCUACGUGCUCCUCGGUUAAAAAUUCUUCUUGACCGUUGUGAUCUCCCAUGCUGACCAAUAUUACGAGUUUAGAGGUGGGCUAAAUGAUGAAUUAACUCGCCAUGAUUUUCUCCAAACGUGGACAAGCCGUAAUCACGGCAGGAGGUGUAUUGUGUACAUUAGCAGGCGUCACGGUCAUCUGGAAAGACAAGAUCGGAGGGGAAAAGCUCUACGAUCGUGAUAAUGAUCAACGGAGCAUCAAGGAGCGAAUGAAGGGGAAGGUGAUCAUCGUGACGGGGUCCAACUCCGGUUUGGGUGAAGAAACCGCCUACACGUUGGCUCAAGCCGGUGCCAAGGUCUAUAUGGCCUGUCGGAACAUGGCCCGUUGUGAAAGUGCCCGUCAGAAUAUCGUACUGGCCACCAAAAAUAGGUAUGUUUAUUGCCGAGAAUGUGAUUUGGCCUCGCUGAAAUCCAUUCGACAGUUUGUGGACAAUUUUAAGGCUCAAGAACAUCACUUGGAUGUGCUCAUCAACAAUGCUGGGGUGAUGAAUUGCCCGAAAAGCUAUUCCAAGGAUGGAAUCGAAAUGCAUUGGGCCGUGAAUCACCUAGGUCACUUCUUGUUGACCAGCCUAUUGAAAGAUUACUUGGUACAAGCGGCUCCCAGUCGCAUCAUCUUCUUGAUCAAUCUCGACUAUCGCAAGGCUCAACUUGACCUGAAACAUUUGCACCAGGUCGAAAAAUACAAUGCGGCUCAGGCCUUUGAGCAAAGUCAGUUGGCCAACAUGCUUUUGGUUCACCAUCUCGCCCAAGAACUGAGAGAAUCGGGCGUGACAGUGAAUGCCGCCUACCCAGGCGUGGUUCGAACCCAGAUCAAGCGCCACAUGGGCGUGGACAAGAGCAUUCUUGGGAAUUUUCUCUCCAACCCACUGCUCUGGUUUCUAACGAGUGAUGUGAUGCGUGGCUCACAAACCACGUUAUUCCUGGCCAUGGACCCCAGUGUGGUCACCACGACGGGCAAACUUUUUUCCAAGUCCAAGGAAAUUGACAAAGACCCUAUGGCUGAAGAUUCCACUUUAGCUAAAAGACUCGUCGCGGUCGAUAAAUAUUGGUCGGGAUUGGUGUCGUCCAAGGAAGAGUUGGCCAAAGAAAUGCGGUGAUUGAAAUCGGCUUUCCUCCUUAGUCCAUUCUCGAGCUCAACCCAGUCAAGCGUAAUAAAACCUACAGUUAGAGUGAUAUUUCUAA